AUGGACUCUGCAGGGCCGGUCCAAACCCGUCUCACUCGGAUAUCCAAACCCCCCUGGCCUCUCCCUACCACCCAGUCAACCCUGGCUCGCCCACCAGAUCAACACGCAGAGAGGAAGCUAUCUGACUGUAAUCUCCCGAGACCUGAGUGUACCUUCUCGCCCACACCUCGCAAGCAUCCACCGAGACCCCCUGCUCCUAAAGCCACCCCCGGCAAGUACUCCCGAGAGUCCCCAACCUCACCCGCCAAGCCCAAACCGGGUCCAACUCUGAGUCUGUCUUCUCCAUCGAAGCAGCAGCCCUCAUUUCUAUACACCCACAUGCAACAGACGUGCUCUUCCCCCUCACAACAGAAUCAAGUGGGAGCCAUACCAGCGGGACCCGGGCUGGACGAAGAGAAAACAGCAUUUGGUAUUACGUUCAGCAAGCUUUACAAUCUCAAGGGCCUUAAGGACAAGAUGAGCAAGCUGCCCACUCAAAGCAGGAGGAGCAGCGGUGGUGGCGGAUCAGCGCAGCCCCGGAAAAGCACUGGAUAG